GCAGUCAACGAGAGAUUCAAUCCUGUCCGUCGCUUACCCUUGCCAUCCUCAGGCCGCUAGGGUUUUGAUAUUAGAGCGCUUUCGCACCUGUUUCUCCCCAGUUGCUGCCUCUCCCCCCUCUCUCUCUUCCCCCUCCCCCUAAUCAAGCAUCGACAAUGGCUUUUGUGAAAGCUCAAAAGUCAAAGGCUUACUUCAAGCGGUUUCAAGUUAAAUUCAAGAGAAGGAGAGAGGGGAAGACGGACUACCGUGCCAGGAUUCGCCUGAUCAAUCAGGACAAAAACAAGUACAACACUCCAAAAUACAGAUUUGUUGUGCGAUUUACUAACAAGAAUAUACUCGCACAAAUUACAUCUGCUAGCAUAGCUGGUGAUAUUGUUCUUGCAGCUGCUUAUGCUCAUGAACUGCCUCAUUAUGGUCUUGAAGUGGGCCUUACAAAUUAUGCGGCAGCCUAUUGCACUGGACUUCUAUUGGCUCGUCGAGUCCUGAAAAUGCUUGAGAUGGAUGUUGAAUAUGAAGGAAAUGUUGAGGCAACUGGAGAGGAUUUCUAUGUUGAACCAGCAGAGAGCAGAAGGCCCUUCCGUGCUCUCUUGGAUGUUGGUCUUAUAAGGACAACAACUGGAAACCGUGUUUUUGGUGCUCUCAAGGGAGCCUUAGAUGGUGGACUUGAUAUUCCUCACAGUGAAAAGAGGUUUGCUGGAUUCAGUAAAGACAGUAAGCAACUUGAUGCUGAGGUUCACCGCAAAUACAUCUAUGGGGGUCAUGUUGCUGCAUACAUGAGGACUCUGAUGGAGGAUGAACCAGAAAAGUACCAGUCUCACUUUAGUGAAUACAUAAAGAGAGGUCUUGGUCCAGAUAACAUGGAAGAGAUGUACAAAAAAGUUCAUGCAGCAAUUCGAGCUGAUCCUACCAAAAAGAAACCUCAGAAGGAGCCACCAAAAGAGCACAAAAGGUAUAACCUAAAGAAGCUAACCUAUGAGGAGAGGAAGGCCAGGUUGAUUGAGAGGUUAAAUGCUCUCAAUUCAGCGGCUGGUGGUGACGACGAUGAGGAGGAUGAAGAUGACGAGUGAAAGGAGCAAUAGAAAUUUUUCAAUCAUUUCUGUUUUUGGGGUCCAGUUUUUUAUUUAGUACUUAAGCAGCUCGAGUUUUGCCUGUUUCUGUGGUUUGUUUCUGGAUUACAGAACUGAGGAUUUAUUCGUAUUAUACAAAUCUGUUACGCUUUACCUUUCAAGAAUUGCAAUAUCUUGUAUUUUAUUUGUACGAGGUGUAUUCUUGACCAUAGUUUACCAUUUUCGGUUUAUACGUGUGGAAUGAGCCCACAUGCGUGAGUACCAGUUAAAGAUGACCUUUUCCAUUC